AUGCAUAUGAGAAUGUUCACUGCACUUCCAACUAUCCUUUCCCUUGCAAUUUUUCUGCACUUGGCUUCAUCUUCUUUCACAAAAGGAGUCGAAGGAGCAGAAAAUAGUAUCAUAAGGUGUAUCGAAACCGAGAGGCAAGCACUCCUGGCUUUCAAGCAAAGCAUUAUGGAAGACAAUGGCAUGUUGUCUUCUUGGGGAAGUCAUAAAGAGUGCUGCAAAUGGUGGGGUGUUGGCUGUAACAACGCCACGGGCCAUGUUAUCCGCCUCGAUCUUCAUGGCAAUUCAAGUACCCAUCACUACCUAAGUGCUCCCAAGGUUAGUCCAUCUCUGCUUCAACUCAAGCAUUUGAAUAAUCUGGACCUAAGUUACAAUGAUUUCCAAUGGAGUUCAAUCCCUGAAUUCAUUGGAUCUUUCCAGAGAUUAAGAGUUUUGAAUCUUGAAAAUGCCAACUUUGCUGGUGCUAUUCCUCCCCAUCUUGGGAACCUAACAAAUCUAAGAAUUCUCUUAUUAUCUCACAAUGGACUAAAUGAAACGAUUGCCGAGCUUCUUGAGAAGUUAGCAAGGGGUGAAACAGGGAAGUCAUUACAGAUUUUGGGGUUAUCUGGGAAUGAACUAACUGGCAAACUCCCUGCAAAUAUGAGCAAUAGAUUUGAAUCCUUGAGAGAAUUUUAUGCAAGGCAAAACCUAAUGAGUGGAUAUUUGCCUCUAUUGCCUUCAAGCCUUGAGCAGUUAGAUUUAGCCAUUAACAAUUUUGGUAGUGUGUUUCAAAACCCCAACAAAGGUUUUGGAAAACCAAGUAAUCUUAUGAAACUGGAUUUGUCCUACAAUCUGAUCUCAGGGCCAUUUCCAGAUUUAUCAGAUUUUUUGUCAUUGAGGGUUUUAAAUCUGAGUGGGAAUCUAAUACAAGGGGGGUUAUCAGAGAGCAUAGGAAAGCUACCAAAGCUUCAAGUAUUUCGUGCCAAAGCCAAUUCAUUGGAAGGGGUUAUUAGUGAAGCCCACUUUUGGAACCUUUCCAGUAUCCAAAAGAUGGAUUUAUCCCUAAACCCUGGAUUGUCAUUCAACUUUAGUGAUGAUUGGGUUCCUCCUUUUCAUACCCUAAAUUCUCUAGUGUUAGCAAACUGUAAAGUUGGGCCUAAAUUCCCUAAAUGGCUUCAAAAUCAAAGUUUGUUUUCAGAGAUUGAUCUCUCUUCUGCUAGUAUUUCUGAUACACUCCCCCAUUGGUUUUGGGACCUCAUUUCCCCUAACCUUAGAUACUUGAAUUUGUCUUACAACUCCAUUGAUGGCACAUUGCCUGAUUUAUCCAACAAGCUUUCUCCUUUUUCAAUCAUAGAUCUCAGCUUCAACAAGUUUUGGGGUCCCAUAUCCAAAUUCGUUGGGGAUUUUUUGAUACUUAAUCUCUCGAACAAUAAGUUUGUUGGCUCAAUUUCUUUCCUGUGCUCAGUUAUUAGCCAAAAUGCUUUAUGCAUUGACCUUUCAUAUAAUCAUUUCUCCGGAGAGGUUCCUGAUUGUUGGAAUAGUAACAUUUCAAAUUUAGCCAUUAUUAAUUUUGCAAAUAAUGGUUUCAGUGGAGAAAUUCCCAACUCUUUAGGCUCCCUAUCUCAACUUCAAUCAUUGCACUUGCGAAGCAACAACUUCAAUGGGGAAUUGCCUUCCUCAUUCCAAAACUUCAAAUCCUUGAAAGUUAUGGAUCUGGAAGGAAAUAAGUUUAUUGGGACAAUCCCAACAUGGAUAGGGAGCUAUCUAACUAAUUUGACCGUUCUUAGCCUACGGAAUAACAACUUUAAUGAAAGUAUGCCUGAAAGUUUGUGUCACCUGAAGAAUAUUCAUUUCUUAGAUCUCUCUCAAAACAAGGUGACAGGGAGAAUCCCAAGCUGCUUUAACAAUUUUACAACUCUGAUUCAGAGUACUCCCUUUACUGGAAGCAUUGAAAUCUCUUACUUUACUAUCACGGGAGAUAUUGAUUAUCCUGCCUACUACGUAGACGAUGUUUUUGUUCAGUGGAAAAACAAGGACGCAAAGUUCAAUAAGCAGUUAGGAUUCCUGAAUUGCAUUGAUCUUUCAAGUAAUAAAUUGAGUGGAAAUAUCCCAGAAGAACUUUAUGCUCUCAAGGAAGUAGUGUCCUUGAACUUGUCAAGAAACCAUUUGACCGGUAAAAUCUUUCCAUCAAUUUAUGAGAUGGAAAAUUUAGAAUCCCUUGAUCUAUCCAGAAAUCAACUCUCGGGUGAAAUUCCAUCUAGUCUUGCUCUAUUGACUUUUCUUGGGGUUCUUGACCUGUCGAACAACUUCUUGUCUGGCAAAAUUCCAAAGGGCACUCAGCUGCAAACUUUCAAUGCUUCAUCAUAUGCUGGAAAUAGCGGCUUAUGUGGGGAUCCACUUCCCAAGUGUCCCACAGAUGAUGUUCCUUCACAUGGCAAAAACAAUAACUACAAAGAAGGUGAUGAUAAUCUUGUAGAUCGAGAGUUUUACAUAUCCAUGGUGCUUGGAUUCUCUAUAAGCUUUUGGGGACUUCUGGUCUCGUUGGUGCUCAGUGACAAAUGGAGAUUAGCCUACUAUGGGUUCUUCAAUGAUGUCAAAGAUGGGUUGUACGUGAAUAUGAAAAUUUGUUUGAAGAGACUGCAGCAAAAAUUUGUGGGCACGUGAUGAUUUUUGAUGAAUCUAUAACGCUAGAUGGAUCAUGUGCAAUUGCAGCACAAAAUUGAAGAAUCUUGAUGGAGUAGUUGGUUUGAAGAUUUGUGUGUUUCCUUCACUUUUUGUUAAAUGGAGAUCAGAAGUCUGUAUUUAGUUUUAAUUUCCAAGUACUAUGCAUGUUUAUAUAUAAUUGUUGUGUGUGCAUUUACAGUACGUUUUGUAAGAUCCGAUGCUACAACUUCAAAAUAAACAAGAGAUGCCACAUA